UCAAUGUUUACAAACAACCCUAGUCUCAAUUGACGCGAGCCUAUGGGAAUCAAUUUAGCUCGACGUUAUCUACAUCAAACGCGCCUACAUACAUACAUACAGAGUUGAUGAGGCAUCUCUACAUUCCUUACAACUUUUAGCUCAUAGAGUUCCUAUACAGACUUAGGACAUUGCGAUUCUUCCAUUUGACCUGCCAGUAACGCAGUACGAUAACUCCUUAACGGUAGUAACAUCUUAGACUAUGGGACAUCUCUCCCUCCCUUGCCGAAACUUAACAUAAACCUAUAUCCGUUUUUGUUACCAAUAUGUCUGGUCGCAACGACGCAACCAUCCCGUCCACGCGACGAACAAGAAAGUCAGUCGGAUUGUCGCCUGGGCGGAAGAAGAUGGAGAAAGAAAACAUCACUGUCGACGUAGCUAGUUCUUUAGCCGGUAAUGGGGGUAGAAAGAAGUCACGAAGCAAGAGUAUAGGUCCCGGUGGAUUGGAUGCUCUAAAGCCAGGAUCGGGUAACAGACGUGUGUCUUUAGCAGCUCCCACCAGACCACCCCCAAGAUCAAUUCUUAAGCCCACGAUGCCAUUACUACCGGAGAUCCCCUCCUUCAAAUCCAAAAAACCUGCCCGGAAUUCGCCUGCCUCGUCUACCACCCAAGGAGCAGACAAGUUACCUAACCCAUUUCAAACCAACGACUCUGGAUCAUCAGGAACAAAGAUCGCCGUACGCACCGAAGAGGAACAACAGGCUGCUGCACGUGAAAGAGAAGAACGAGAAAGAGCAGAGAUGGAAAAGGAGAUUAAUGAUCGACGAGAGGCUCGAAGAAAAUCUCUUGCUAAUCGAAGAGUCUCGUUUGCAGCUGAAGCUACCCUUCAUACUUUUCAUGAAGUCGAGUAUAUGCAAGAUUCUACAACCUCGACUGACUCUACAAGACGAGCAUCGUCGCUCGCCGCUCAGGGACAAGCAUCUGAUUCACGAUCUAGUCACGCAGAUCAAGCUGAAGAUUUAGUUCCCAAUUCGCCAGAGCAACAAGAUACGCAUGACCAGAGAAGACGCAGAAGCUCGGGCGUCAGCAACCUAGGUUUCAACCAGAACGAUGACACGAUGGCCUCAAGUAUCUAUAGUUCAGACUCCGAGGGAACGGAUGAUGUGAUAGAAACCCAUGAAGAGAUUGGUUCAGAUUCCGGUAGCGACUCCGAUGCCGACGGUGUAUCCAUGGACCUGGACGUCGAUGAGGUUACCGGCACCUCCGUCGCAUCUGCUAUGUCGGCUCGGUCGGCUAUGACUAAUGACUCUAAUGACACAUUAGACACAGCUCUCCGACUCGCAUCUCGUCGCGCCGAAACUCAGAGCCUCGACGAAGAGGAAGAGAUUAUACCAUCAUUUGGGUGGGCCAAAAAGCCCGCUCCGAAACAAGCGAGCCCUACCCAAAAUCAAGAGAAUGCUGGGCAAGAAGACACCGGUGGUAUUGACAUGGACAUGGAUAUGGACAUGACAAAUGCUGUUGGUGGUAUCAUUAAAGCCAACGCUGAUUCCCUAGAAGAUGCCCAAGAGGAAGAGAUGUCGAUGGAUGUCACUCGAGCGCUUGGUGGCAUUCUCCCUUCGCUUAACAACGCGCGGAAUACACAGCCAACUAGUCCAACCAAAACUGAAGAGGAAUCCUUGAUCGAGGAUGCCCCUAUGGAUUUUACUGUUGCGGUUGGUGGUAUUCGGAAAGACUCGCAACCCGACAAGGACCUCUUUGAUCCCGAUGAUGAUUAUGAAGACGAGGACAUGUCAAUGGAGUUCACUUCUGUCGUAGGUGGUGUUCUUUCUGGGAAAAGACUCGAUGCCUCUACAAAGAAAGCGUCUCAAGACCGACGUCGUACCAUUGCUGCCGAUGACGAAGCAACGGUGGACAUGACAGCAAUGGACAUGACAGUCGGAAUGGGCCGUAUUCUUCCCUCUAAUGAGGAUGACGAGAACGAUGAAGAUGCUACAAUGGGCAUGGACAUGACCAUGGCGAUGGGCGGAAUCAUCAAGGGCCCACCUUCAGCAAAGGACCGGAUUGAAGCCAGGCGCCAGAUGGAACGGGAGGUUGAUGAAGAUGACAAUGUACCAGCAUUAAACUCGUCCGCAAAGCGACGCCUAUCCGCAGUUAUUUCUGGUACGAACGUAUCAGAGUCGGGAAGCCCUGCAUUAUCCGCGUUUAAAGGCAAAGGACUUCGUCGUACUAGUGAAUGGCGGAGGUCUGUCACACCGGGCAGUUCGCCUGUUCGAGAGGUAACGACACCUAAAUCUACAAAUCCAACCAACGUGGGCACUCCCAACACCCAGGGACCCAGAACCCCAUUGAGAAAUUCGCCCUUGAGGAUGCCAAAAUCACCUGCUACGGCCAGCAAAAAUGGUUCUGGUGUAUCCUCUACGCCCAAAUCCGCUUCUAAAAAGAGCCAGUUGUCUGUUUUCCAACAGGAUCCUAAGACUGGGGUGUCGACACCGCGGGUUAUCCUGACCCCUCAGAAGAGGCGACUGUCAGGUGUAGGUGCUGAUAGGCCUGGUCUCGGAUCACCGAAGGUGGCCGCUAUCUUUGACCGGCGUGAAUCCAUUGGCGAUGCGGCAGAUAGCUUUGUUCCCCGCGAACCCUCAAGAUCGGUUGCCUUCGCGGACCCCCGUGUUAUGGAAUAUGAAGUAGACCGUGAUCGCCAACUGGAAGCAGACAAGGAAAAUGGCCGCAAAGUACUUGAGAGGGAAGUCGACGGAGACGAAGAAAAUACAGCAAGUCUAAAAGAUAUGAUCUCUAGUAUGACUCCCAAGAAAAAUUUUAUGAAGGGACGGAAAAGUCUGCAUGUAGGCAGUGCUAAAGGCCUUCUUGGAAAACGUCCUGCCGAGCUUGACGACGAAGAGGAAGCUGAGGAAAGGGAUGGAAUCAAGCGACUCAAGAAUCAUCAGAGCAGCCCCGUCAAGAACGUACGCCUACAUGCACCUCCUUCGAAAGCCGAAACGACGGGGCGAGUGACUCGCUCUUCCAGCAAAGGUUUAGAGGACAUCAGCGACAAUAGGGCCACUUCAACACCAGUAUUUUCGCCUAAGAAAACACCUACAGGCGUACCAUCUCCUCAUGCCAGAGGACGCUUCAAAGAAGUCGACUCCAAUCAUCCUACUAGUACUCUCAAUUUUGACGAGUCUCAUGUCAUGACUGAUGCCGAAGCUCAGGUGGAUGAUGACGGAGAGCAAAUGCAUCUACAAGACUUCUUGAAUAUGACAAAUAUUCGCUUCAUGGAGUUAACGACAACAAAACGGCGACACACUCAAGCUCCCGCCAACGUAGCAGAUAACGCUGCGUCCGAAGAGGAAGAUAUGUCCCUAGAGCAAUGCGUCGUAGCAGGUGCUUGUACGGUUCCUAUGCUAGAAUUGUACCAACAUUCCUGCCGAGAACUAAAAAAAUAUAUUUCAGAAGGCAGGAGAAUAGUUCGUGAGAUCGAAACAGAGACUCUGGAAGAGAACCCGCCACUUUUCAAGGAAUACAUCACUGCAACGCCCGAGUACAAGCUUUUCCUAGACAAUCAGUUCAAGAACGUCAAGUCGCAUGCACGACUACUAAGUAAAGCCAUGUGGUAUGAAUGGCGCAUGAAACUUCAAGAUGGGCUCAAGGAGGGCCUACUAAAGAUCGAAGAAGGUAUGGCAGCCGACGAGCAGCUAUUGCACCAGGAGCAGGAAUUACUCGAUUCGAUUUUGCCCAAGCUAGUGGAGCAGCUCGCAUCAUUAGAGCUAGAACAUGAUAAUUUGCAAUCUGCUGCGCAGGAGCUAGCGGAUUGCGACCCCGAAGAUUUACAAGUUGCUCGAUCCGAGCUGACAGACCUUGACUCGGAUAUCGAAGCGAAACUGAAGAAAAUCGAGCAACUAAGGCAGCAACUGAGCGAGACUGAAUCUGGAAUCGGCGAGCUAUCACAAAAGAAGAAGGAAUGCGUUGCUGAUAUAGAAGAAGCUGAAAAAGUUCGUGAGCAAUGUAGGGGUUGGACCUCUAAUGAAGUCAGCGCCCUCAAAGCCCGGGUCGAAGCAAUUGAGAAGCAGCAUGGCUGGGCCAUUACAGGCGUAGUUGGGACCUCGUUGUCGAUGACAUACCGAAGAGAGAUCGAACUCGUCUUUGACGUCCGCGCUUUCAAAGGUCUAAAGCCCGAUAACUCUAGGAUUGAUCUGUGGUAUAUCGCAGCCAAUCGGGAGCAGAACCCACAGCCAAGCACGCCGGAAAAGGAAUUUUUUAUCCAGUGCACGCGGGAUCACAUCCGAGGAUUGGCCCAAGCGCAGACCAAGAUCAAGAAUCUCCUAGAUAUGGUUAGUACGGCCUGGAAGAUGGCCAAUCACGUUGCGAGAAACGUGCAUCUCCUGAAUACUACCUACCGAACCAAGGUCACCAAAACUUCAGAUUCGUCUAUCUCGAUCCGCUCAUGGGUACUGCUUGUCCCGUUGGAGACGAAAGUGGAGGUCGUACUCAGCUUACAUGGUCGGAGUACUCCAGAUGGCGUAGAGGUCACCAUUACGCCCCAGGCACGAGUGGUUUACGGAGAGCAAUUUAAGGAAGAUAAGAUUGUUGAGUUCCUCACAACGAAGAUAGGCACACGCGUGGUUACGAAAGAAGAGAGCGGGACUUUUGAGCCUUGGGUCGAGGUCCUUGUUGAGCUCCAGGAAAGACUGCUUGCGCGGGGACGGAAAUAAAGGUGAACGGGUAGCAUGUUUCCUGUCUGUCUGGCUUCUGCCUUGUCUUGAUAUAAUGACUUAUGACCAGAAUUGGCGCGUAUCGGGGAUAGUCUUGAUGAGGAUACGACGAGUAGAGGGCGUUUGUUGGUGUAUUGUUAGGUUAUAUACCAUUGUCUGGUUUAUUUGUGUCUUGUUCUAGCCCAAGAUCUUGUCCUUGGGGUACCAAUACAAAAGUUUUGAUUAAAUUCGGCUUGCUCAUUAGCAUCGUUGCAAAGAUCGUGACAUGGUAGGUAUGGUCUUUAAGUUAUGUGGUUUUGAUUGAGG